GACGUUUGCUAGCACAGCUAACGUUACAGCUGAAUGUACGACUAGUUUAAUCAGCAUGCUUUAAACCAAACCUAGCUGGUCGUGAUUUGGAGCUGAUGGGGGACGAAAAAGACACCUGGAAGGUUAAAACACUGGAUGAAAUUUUACAAGAGAAAAAACGCAGACGUGAGCUUGAGGAGAAGACCGAACCUAAGCGCUUGAAAAAUCCGGAUGAUCGGGAAUCCAAACGUGACACUCCAGAAGAAGGAGAAUUACGGGACCACAGGAUGGAAAUAACCAUUCGCAACUCUCCAUACAUGAGGGAAGAUUCAACAGAAGACAGAGGAGAGGAAGAUGACUCGUUAGCUAUAAAACCUCCUCAGCAGAUGUCCAGAAAAGACAAGUCUUACCACAGGAAAGAAGAGAAGCGGAAGGAUAAAAGGAGACGCAGGAGCCACUCUGCAGAGGGUGUCUCUUUCGAAGCGGGCAAACACAUCCGCGUAAAGGACAAAGAAAAGGAACGGGAGAACGAAAGACGGAAACGACAGUGGCAGGACGACACCAAAGUUCGCAGGGACUAUGAACGACAGAAGCGCCGCGAUCAGGCCAGGGCCCAUUCACGCAGGGAGAGGGACCGCCUGGAGCAGCUGGAGCGCCAACGUGAGAGGGAAAGAAAGCUGCGUGAGCAGCAACAAAAGGAGCAGAGAGAGCAGCGUGAGCAGAAAGAGAGGGAAAGAAGGGCUGAGGAGAGGCGUAAGGAUCGGGAGGCACGGCGAGAAGGUCCUCCUUUACACCAUCGAGGCGGCACCCUGGAGGAUUACGGAGAAAAGAUCAAGUCUAGGCACCGCAGCCGUAGCCGGAGUCCUGUCCGCCUACAGAGAGAGCAAAGACCAGAGAGUAGUGAGCGUCGACGACCAGUGAAAGAAGAGAAACAAGAGGAUUUACUGGCUGAUCUUCAGGACAUCAGUGACAGUGAAAGAAAGACAAGCACUGCAGAGUCUUCAGUUGGCUCAGCUUCCGGUUCAGAGGAAGAGGAGGAUGAGGAGGAAGAGGAGUCAAGCAGCCGGAGUGAGGAAAAUGAAGAGGGAGAGUCGGGAUCAGAGUCUGAUGGAUCUGAUCAGAGUGCAGAAGACGUGAGUGAAGAGGAGCAAUCAGAAGAGGAGGAAGACGAAAGAGAGAAUGGCGAACACAUACCUGCUGUUCCAGAGUCACGGUUUGAUCAUGACUCGGAGGAGAGUGUUGAGGAAGAUGAGGAUGAGGAAGUAGAUGCAGGUGAUGUGACCCCUCAGUCUCACUCUCAGUCAGCCACACCAGAGGGAAAUUAUGUCCCAGAUUCACCACCAGUCUCACCUGUAGAGCUGAAAAAAGAGCUGCCCAAAUAUCUGCCUGCCUUACAGGGAUGCCGUAGCGUGGAGGAAUUCCAGUGUCUGAACCGCAUAGAAGAAGGUACAUAUGGGGUGGUAUACAGAGCCAAAGACAAGAAAACUGAUGAAAUUGUAGCUCUUAAAAGACUGAAGAUGGAAAAGGAGAAAGAGGGAUUUCCAAUUACCUCCCUCCGAGAGAUCAACACCAUCCUGAAGGCACAGCACCCCAACAUUGUCACUGUCAGGGAAAUAGUGGUGGGCAGUAAUAUGGAUAAGAUCUACAUAGUGAUGAAUUAUGUAGAACAUGACCUAAAAAGUCUCAUGGAAACCAUGAAACAGCCCUUCCUCCCAGGUGAAGUGAAGACUCUGAUGAUUCAGCUACUAAGGGGAGUCCGCCAUCUCCAUGACAACUGGAUCUUGCAUCGUGACCUUAAGACCUCCAACCUGUUGCUGAGCCACAAGGGCAUUUUAAAGAUUGGCGAUUUCGGACUGGCACGAGAGUACGGUUCCCCGCUGAAGCCUUACACACCGGUGGUGGUCACUCUGUGGUACCGCGGCCCAGAGCUUCUUUUGGGGGCAAAGGAAUACUCCACAGCUGUGGACAUGUGGUCAGUGGGCUGCAUAUUUGGAGAGCUACUCACCCAGAAACCACUCUUCCCGGGCAAGUCGGAGAUCGACCAGAUCAAUAAAAUAUUUAAGGACCUUGGCUCUCCCAGUGAGAAGAUUUGGCCCGGCUACAACGAGCUGCCUGCGGUGAAGAAGAUGACUUUUACAGAAUAUCCAUAUAACAACCUGCGCAAACGCUUUGGAGCUCUGCUUUCAGACCAAGGCUUCGACCUCAUGAACAAAUUCCUUACCUACUGCCCCGCCAAGCGGAUCAGCGCAGACGAGGCUUUGAAGCACGAGUAUUUUCGGGAAACGCCGCUCCCCAUCGAGCCCUCGAUGUUCCCGACUUGGCCGGCAAAGAGCGAACAGCAGCGGGUGAAAAGGGGAACGAGCCCCCGACCCCCGGAGGGAGGACUGGGCUACAGCCAGCUGGGUGAUGAUGAUCUAAAAGACACUGGCUUCCACUUGACAACAGCCAACCAAGGACUAUCCAAGUCAGGUCCGGGAUUCAGUCUCAAGUUCUAAAAGAAAAAAGGGCCAAGGGAAAUGGUUUGCUCUUUGUGGCACUAAUGCUAGGACUCGUUUAAAAGAGACUCACUGAAAGCUGACCAGACUUUCCUUCGCGGUUCCUUGACGCACACUGUUAAAAACAGUAAGAAGAUGGAGAAAUUCAAGUUCCAUCCUGUUCAUCUACUCCCAGCAGUUAAAGGCAAUAUCCUGAUUCUACAUCACACACAAUCCCGAACUGGGGUUCUGGGUGCUUAUAGGAUCUUUUUUUUUUUCUUCUUCUUCUUCUUUCCUCUUCUUUCUUUUUUUUUUUUUUUUUUUUUUUUAAAGAUUUUCCAUCAUUUACUGCCGUUUGUCUCAUUGGUGUUUGUCUAAAGGUUUUGCUCCCACUGUACUUCAAGUCUGAUCCCAUCAGAUUUUAAACUUCAUAUGGUUUUCAAGCAACAGACAAAGGACUGUUCAAGUUUAAAACCAUAUUCCAGCCUACACAUAUUGGACUCAUAACCGGAGUUGUGUAAUAACACGGUUUGCCAAGAGUGUUGGUCAUUGACACAGGUGAUAUUCUGUUGUAAGAAAUAAACUGUUUCCAAGUCUAUUUAUACACUUUUACUAUUUCUUACAUUUCUUGGUAUGCAGCGGUGAUUUUUAAAGCAGCGUUUGACUACAGCUACAAAGCUGACGUUUUAAACAGAAAUAACUAAAAGUGGAGAAAACAGUCAGGGCAGCCUUGAAAGCAGCUCCAGCACCAGAUGUCCAGAAAUGAUGUCAUUCUAUCGCUGUGCGCACACACUCGGCACAAUCAAGUCUGCCUCCUCCAUUUUAUUAGCGAAGGAGCCAGAGUGGCUUUUCUGUUGAAGAUGAUAUUCUCCACUUUAGUCAUGGAUACUUAAUUAUUUAGGAGUUUUAAAAAUUGAAAAUGAGAAAUGAAAGAGCUUGAAUUUCCCAGAUGUUACAUAGCAUUUUGUUUCCUUGUGAAGUUUCGAUUCACUGGAUGAUCUGACCGUCCUUUAAUUUCUUCAGGAGUCACAGGUGCUUUAUUGAAUGUUUGAAAUUUCCUGUAGGUGGGAGUUGUCUGAAUUACAAUUACUGGUCAUUUUUUAUAUUUUUUUUUGAGUAUGGGCUUUUGCAGAUGCUGGUUUCAUUGAAUGUCUAUUCAGUCACCUCAGAACAAAUUUUAAGGCCGCUAAAAUUGAUUAUGGAUUUACUGAUCAAAUUGUGAAAAAUGUCAUUAUAAUAAACUAAAGCUAAAAAUC